AUAAAUGAUAACAACGUUGAAAUUUUGCACGUUCAUUAUUUCUUUAGUAUCGUUUGAAUUAUCAAAGACAUUCGACACAGAGAAAAUGUUACGGCAAUUUCUUUUCCUUACGUUAGUUUGCAUCUUUUGCACUGCCAGCAAUGCACUGAAACUUCAAAUGGUUACCUUAGGGAUGGAGGAUUUCAUCAAAAGGAUGAACGAUUUUGAGAGAAAGAUUCUGCAAGGAUACGUCGACAAAUUCGCCAUGUUUCAUCUUGCUAUGACGUUUAGUUAUUACACGAUCUGCGUGGCCUUUAUCCUUGGACCAACGAUAUUACCACGUCCAUUUCCAACAUUUGCCGAAUAUCCGUUCAAAAUAGAAUCGCAUCCAAUCCAUGAGAUCAUUUAUUUUCAACAAGCAUUCGUUGGCAUCCAAGCGGCCGUAGGUGUGACCAUAGAUUGUCAGAUUGCUUUUUUACUUUGGUACACAGGUGCCAGAUUCGAAAUUUUAACGAUUAAAUUGAUUAAUAUCGUUAACGAAGAUGAAUUAAAUGACUGCAUUAAAUUACAUCACGAUUUACUUAGAUAUGGAAAGGACGUCAUCAAAGCAGUACGUUUUAUAAUACUCACAAGUAUUGGUGUUUCUUCGGUGUGCAUAAUAUUCGGUGGUGUUCAAUUUCUAUUCGCAGAUUCGAUAACACUGAAACUUCAAUUUGUCUCAUUGAUGAUCGGAUCGAUAUUCGAAUUGUUUUUAUGCUGUCGACCAGCAGAUAAUCUGAUGGAAAUGAGUUCUGCAGUUGGAUUGGCAGCAUAUCAGUCAAAUUGGAUCGAUAAAUCUAAAAAAAUGAAAAGCAGUAUAUAUAGUUUAAUUCAAAGGUCACAGAAACCUUUGACCAUUUCGAUCGAUGGUAUCUUACCUUCUUUAUCAUUGCAGUAUUAUCUAUCGUUUCUAAGUGCAUCCUUUCGAUACUUUACAACUAUCCGAGCCUUUCUGAUAGAAUAACAUUUUGAAAAAAAAAAAAAAGAAAAAAUGAAAAUAAUACAUUAACA